AUGGCGUGCUCCGCCUGCCUCGUCAACGACAGGGAGGUCAGCGACCCCUGCCGGUUGGCCCAGGGUAAGCCCCGCCCCCUGCGGCCCUUCCAUCACCAAAAUAAUCUGUUUUUAGACGAAAUGUUCCGCUUCAACCACCCCGCCGAGGCUGCGGUCCUCAGGGAGAGGAGAAGGGCCAUCGGGGAUGACGGCUACAGGGAACUCUGUCCCUUCACAUCGGGUUCAAGCGCGGGAGGAGCGGACCCUCUGGGCGGGCCGGUCACCGCCCUCUCCCCCAGCGGGGGCUCCUCCGCCAGGCAGCGGGUGGAGGAGCAGCAGGGGUACGUGGAGGCCCUGAGGAAGGAGAUCCAGGAGGAGCAGAGGAGGGCGGAGGGGCAGCUGGAGACGGAGCAGGCCCAGCUGACGGAGCAGCACGCCGAAGUCCAGCGGUGGAUCCUCCAGGAGUCGCAGCGCCUGCAGUCCGCCGCCCCCUCCCCCAGGGUGACCCAGGAGUCCGGGCGCCCCCCCGGGGGUCCGACGACGACGGCGGCGUCCCGUACCCCCCCCCCGCCGCCCCGGCUGCUCCGGGCGAUCAAGAGGGUGGUGCAGGAGGAGCUGCUGAGGAACCACGCCCUGCGCCGCGCCGAGGGCCGCGUCCGCCGCAAGAGGCUGCACCUCCAGCUGGAGCGGAUCGCCCGCAAGCGCCACCUGCUGGAGGCCAAGCGAGAGCUGCAGAGGCUGGAGCAGGCCCUGCCCUCCGGCCCGGGGAGCCCCGGAGACUCCCCGGAGCCGGGCUCCCCCCGGGGGUCUGGGGGACCGCCGUCACGCAACCCUCGCCGCCACUCCUUCUCCGGGGACAUCCUGUCGCGGCUCUACCCCCAGCAAACCCCCGUCUUCAGCCGCUACCUGAAGAGGAACAGAUCCACAGAGCUGACGGUGGAUCCCUCCAGGAGCGGGGAUUGCUUUGGCAGGGAGUGGCUUUCGGACGAGUGUCUGCCUCGAGAGAGGACCAGGAGCUGUUCCGCCGGGGCGUCAUCGGGACAGAGUCAGGCAGUGAGGAGCAGAGACGGUUCCUCUGAAAACCUCAAACAAAGUGUCAGGGAGUCCCCCCCGGCCCGCAGCUACCAGGCAUGCCCAGAGAGGAAACCGCUCCUCACAAACCGGAGCCUGACCUUCAAGACCAAUCAGAACCCCCGAGGGAGUCUGAAGUCACCUCAAAGGACUGCCUUACAGCCUAUAAGCAAUGAGAAGGAAAAGGAUCCAUCUGUCGAAAACCCCAAAGUCCAGAAGAUUGCGUGUGCGGACGUCAGGACUCAAGGAGGCAAUAAAGGGCUCGGAACAAUCCGGAAGGUUUUCUCUCGAUCUGUAGGACCGGGUUUGAAGACAGCACUGUCCAAAGUGUUCAGAAAGCCGCCGCCAGUGGGGAAUGGACGAAGGAACCCCAAACCGGUCGGCAGAACUAACAGAAUUCACCAGAGGAAGAUCAGCAGAGACCGGAGCCUGACAGACGCCGGCAUGACGAACAGAAACCAGCACGCUCUUAAAACCACCGUCUCCUGCGAGGAGCUUGACCGAAAGACGUUCCCCGAGGAUGUGAAACAACGCCGCUGGCGCAGCAUGGAGGCCCUGAUGAACAAGACCAGCUCCUGGGUGGAGAGGCUGGGCCUGGCCGGAUGGGCGGAGGACGUAGGGGGGGAACGUGACGGAGGGUCGUCGGACUGCGACAGCCUCCUCUCCAUGGACUCCCUGUCCUCAGCGUACGCCACCGCGCUGGUGGAACAACUGAGACACGAGGAGGCUCUGGGGAGCGAGAGCGACAGCGUGGACAGCCAGAUGUCCAGAGACUCUUUGGCACCAGAGGGCAGCACCCUGCGCUCUGGGGUGACCAGGACAGGGGUGCCCAUGCACACACGACUGACGGACUCCCCCCGUCAUCUCCUUAGGCACAUCAAGGUAUCUAACAUCGGCACUGUUCCGGGACAUGCCUACGGUGGAAGUACUCAGGGAAGAGCAGCAGAGGAGACGAAAUGUUGGAGACGAAAUGGCUGCCUUGACACGAAAGCGAGAGUGGAAACCGGAUCCGCGAUGGAGGCCGCUGUUCAAAAGCCAAAGGAAGAGCCGGCUGACAGGCGGACCGCCCUCACUGGCAGCCCUCGCUCUCUGAGCAGCUGCAGUCUGAGGGAACCGGAUCUUCAGCUGGUCCUAACCGACGGCUGGUCUUCCACCGAGGCGGCCGACAGUCCCGUGGUCUCCGGGGAACGUCCUGCAGCCUGCCGGAAGAAUGCGCUGUACCGAGCAGGGGACGUCAACAGCAAUGGUAGCAGCAGCCCAAGACUGAUCAGCCUAGAACUUUCAGACGCUCAGAGCAAGUUUAGAAGCUUUAGCUCCACAGCGUCCUGCAGCUCUGAAGGAGUCCAUGUCACCGUGGAGGAUCAGAACCUCAAGGCUCCUGCCCAAUUGUCAGGCAUAUAUUUUCCAGACACUGAAACACCUCCAGAACCAGGGAAUGUUUUAAGGUUAAUAGGGGAUACUGGGUUUGAUGAUGAUGGCAGAAGACUCACAAAACACAAUCAGCUAUUCGAAAGUGUGCAGAAGAUAACAGUAGAUGUUCAAACCUAUGCAUGCCAAGAUGUAUUACCCACUGCAGAGAGAAGUGAAUGUCUUUCACUUGCUAGUAAUGAGAUUUGCCAUAUUAACCUGACAAGCCGGCAGCCAAUCAAAUUAGAUCAUGCUUUAAAGGGUGUGACCCUGAUGGAGAUUACCGGUGCGACCAACUCCUCUGAGACGGUUGUCUGCCCCUUCGUUCAUCCAUCAGAGUCCUAUGAACAAACACAUCCUGUAGUCCAUGUCCUCUCCAAGAACGGUCAUGUACCGGUCAAUACCCACGAAACUGAGAAGUUAAAAAGGGUGAAGCCAUACGAGAAUCCUGAUACCAAAGAGGUCUCCAUCCCAGGGGACCAAUCACAGCUCGCGCCCGCACCCCCCCACUCUGAACUUGAGCCUGUUAGAUCUCUUGGUAAAAGCUCCAGAAAGAGGAACAAGGAGCUCAAAGAGACGGUGGCCGGGGGCUUGAAGAUCCCAAAGAGGAGCGACGAAGGGUCCCCAGAAUCGUUCUGUUGCACGCAAAUCGGCAGGCGGGAUGUCGGUCGGUCCGAUGGCUUCAGCGACAACGGUGACACAGAAGAGAAAGCCCCCGACGUGGAAGAGGACAUUCCCAGCCGCGAUUCGGACCGUGCUAACGUGAUGGCCCGGAUAGAGUCUCAGCCAACAAGCAGGCAGACACGGAACAAGGCUGACUGGAACCGGACUGACCGGAACAAGGCUGACUGGAACCGGACUGACCGGAACAAGGCGUUGCCGGAUCAAGGUCCUAAAAGCAACGAUACCCGCUCCUCAUGGAGUAUCAGAGAUUCAGAAGGAAUCAAUGCAGACAGAAAGAAAGAUAAGACGACCGGUUUGGAAAAGCCAUUUGGAACGUCGGUCGGUAUCGUCGACCGGAAAGGUAAACCGGAUGGGAGGAAGCCGGUGCGUCACUGGGACGCCAUCUGCUGCGCCAUCGAUCUCCGCAUCGCCGAGGUGGUGAGAGGACACCUCACAUCGGCCUCUCUGAUGCGCCGGGAUAACGCCGGGCCGAGCCGCAGGCACAGCCUGACCGCCCUGCCGCUGCACGGCUCGGCGGAGACCCCCCACUCAGCGGAGACCCCCCACUCAGAGGAGACCCCCCACUCAGAGGAGACCCCGGUCUCAGAGUGGACCCGGGCCACGGCUCGGCCCCCCCGCGGCGCUGCUGAGUCGACGGGAGGGAGAGGAACGCCGACGAGAGAUGAAGGAAGGGAUCGGAUGAAAGCGGCGGUCGCCUCUACCGAACGCCGCUCCGUACCACAGGGUGGGGUUCAGCGGGACACGAGGUCGGACACCCAGAACGGAGAACAGGCUUCGGGGAACGAGGACCAGAUACAUCCGCCUGCCGAAGAGACGGCAGCGACGGAGCGUGCUCCAAACGUCACAGAGACAACGUCAGACAUCCCACUGAAUGGUGUUGCUUCUCUCUCCGAUAAGGCAGAGACAGAUCCUUCCAGCUGCGUGCUCCCGGUCCUCCUCCCGUUCCAGGAUAGGAUUCCCUCCCGACGUGGGCCCGGAGCGUCUCUGGAGACGUAUCCGCCGUUCGCUCUGAGUGACGGAGACAGGGUAACACGGGCAGAAACAUGUCAUCCUACUCCUGCCCGUCUCAAUAUUGGCCCCAAACAAUCCGUCAGACGACAGGCGUGUCCGGCCACCCCGGUCUUGAAACCCGACACCCCACCACCUCAGUGCGUCUUCCCUGACAUGCUGUGUCUCGGUGACCAUUCAGCCUCAGCUCUUACGGAUGAAGAUGUUGAUUCAUGCAAACCGAACUCCGAGUUAGAGACAGGUCAUCCUUCCACAGAUGGCCGCCAUGUUUCUGUUGCCAUGACGUCGCUCUAUGAUGGAGGAGUGCACCUGUCUGGGCCACACCGUCAAAGCAGCAGUGGCUCAGUAGACAAACCUGUCUCAGUGAAGUCACCUGGAGACAUCCCUGGAUAUUUGGCUAAUGAGAGCAGGGAACUGAAAACGGAGAGAAUGCCUGGAAACUGGCACGUUACCAAAAGUGAUAAGAGCCUUUCAAACAGCUCUGCUCAGACGUGCGUGGUGAAUAUGAAUUAUCACAACAACAAUCAUGAAAUUGCAAAGUGGUUGAACGAGCGCUCCAUAAUUGACAACUGUCUGCAAAACAACACGACAGACAUAAUGGGGAGAAAUACAAAUAUUACAGAAUCCCAGGUUCCAUCGGCUAUCAGCAACAACGAUAGUCACGCCAUCGCUUCUCUGCCACGGAAUCCGGCGGGGAACACGUGUGCUGUUGGAGGAGAUGUUUCAAAGAGCAACGUGUCCAUACAUGGUUCCACCAAGCAGAGGAACCACGCCACCCAGCACAGGAAGGGGAGGCCUAAGAGAUUCAGAAGGUCCAAUGCCCUGGUUCACCCAGACUCCUCUUCCUCUUCGGACUCCGCAGUCCGAUCCUCGUCAGACGAGGAAGAUGAGCCCCCCCCCAGGGGGGCUCAUCGCAGUCGGCCCGAAUCCACGCAGUUAAAGUCUAGUCAGUCGAGGGUCGCUCAAACAGGAGGCGACCAUAGAGCUACUUCUAGAAUAAGGUCAGACGGUAUUUCCCUAGUGGAGACCCUUUCUACUCAGGAUCCAGGUAUAUACCCGGGACCAGCCAGGGAGCGUUGCCCCAAGGGCCAUCUUUCAACACCUCAACCAAUGAGAACCCCAAAUAAGGAGAGAACCACGCCCCAUGUCAAAGUGAGCCGACCCCAUCGCCCCGGAGCAACGCAGGAGUCUCGGAUGCAUUUUGCCUCCAGUGACAUCAACCCCUUCGCUCGCCAGUGGCAGGAAGACCGCUCGCGCCAUCAGUGUUACAAGACCCCGGUGUUUGGCAGCGCAGUCGACCUGUCCUCCAAAUCUCCACUGUUGAACAGCGCUGAGAAGCGCAUGACGAGAUGUUGUAGCGUCGACAACGGCUUAAACAGGCAGAACUCUCCCUUCCACUCCCACCUGAGCACCUUCGCCAACCACAAGGGUCUCUCCAGCACGCUCAGCAGCGGCGAGGACUGGCGCGGGCGAGGAAGGACCGCUCCUCACCGCGUCUCAGACGCGUCGCGUCAGCAGUCGUCUGGUCUCGACCACGGCCUCGCCAGCCUCUCGUUGAACAGCGGCUCUUCCUGUCCGAGCGCCAACAGCUCCGGACGCGUGGACGACAUCAUGCUGCUCUACUCUUCGGAGCGGGAGUCUGGUGUCGACGUGAGCCCAGCUCAAAGGCCCAGGAGGUUUGAGGACCACGGCACCCAGACCGAGGGUGGUGUGUCCCAGGCCCUCGGGGGCUCUCGAGGGUCCCGGUCUACGACCGCCCCGGGUCCCGACCUCGGCAGGAACCAGCGGCACCAGAGGAGCAGAACCCACGUACCGACCACUAGAACCAAAGAGGACAUUAGAGACACUCCCACCUGGGCCAGCAUGGAGAACAUGUCCGCCCAUCUCUCCCAGCUGAUCCACAGCACCUCGGACCUGCUGGGAGAUGUCCAGGGAAUGAGGACAGGGGAACCCAGCCCAAGGAGAAAGGUCAACGUUUCGGAUUUCACCGGGCCACGGCGUCAGCUUAAAGACCCCACCCGGACCAAUACGUCCUUUGAUAUCGGGAUCCAGACUGAAGCAACCUUCACGUCUUUUGUUAAAGACAUCCCCCAGCGAUGGUCUUCACCUCCAGAGAGGGCCAGACCCCAUGAGGUCAACGUGAUAGUCACAGUGAUCGGUUCUGAAGUACUCAGUGUUUCCCAUGGGGAGAGAUGUCCCGGUGUGGUCAUGGAAAAAUCCAGAUCGGAGGACAGGAAAUGGAGUGGGUCUGACCUGAGGAUAAACAUGUUGGCUGCAAAAGAAAGCGUGGAGAAUCAUCUUCUGAAUCACGCCUCACACAGCUUGACCGCUGUGGAGAAACCGACCAAAACCAAAAGUUGUCACACAGCGUCCGCUCGGGCAAGCAACUCGAAGCAAAGCACGGCAGUUACCAAAAGUCGAGGAUUCUCUCAAACCGGCCACAGGUUAUCCAACCCCAUUCCGUCUGUGAAUCCCGGGCGGUCUUCGUGCUGCGGGGAACAGACAAGGUACACGGACAGGGCCUCGUCGCCCAUUGUCACCCUGGGCUCCAGCAAGAGCACCGAGUCAAACGGGAAACACUCUACACACUCCCCCGGAAAACACAAUGGAAGCAUGUUCGUUAGGGAACGAGAUGCAAUGGACCGAUUAUUCUGCGAUGUUUCCUCAAAUAAAUCAGUCGAAUCAACAUCAGGGGAAAGCGUGAGUGGAACGAACUCGAAGGGAGCGGGGAUCACUUCAACAGGCCUUCAGUCCCACGUUGAUAGAAACGUUAGAAGGAAAAUCAUCCCAGAGGAAGAGAACAACAACGACCCCAUCAGCUCCAACGGCGGCUCUGCGAAAAGCCCCCCCCCGCAUCAAACUUCUACUUCCUGUGGCGGCAUCACAAGACGGAGCUAUCCCUCUCCUGGAGGUCGUCACGGCGACGCAUGCGGUCAGGAGGACACGGAUCUCCGCGACGACAGGAGUACCCGGGACGUCUCCGUCGGCCGCGGUCGCCACGGGAACGCCGCCUCCUCCUCGUCCAGCGAGGCCCCGGCCCCGGAGGACGACGCCGUUUCCACGACGCCCAGCGAGUCCAACACCGACAUCCUCCUCAACGCGAGACCCGUCGCCAGCGUGUCCCCGCCUCCUCCUCCCGCACCCCCCCCCGGCCCCCCCCACCCUGGGGCUCGGCUCCCAGAGGACCUGCCCAUGCACAACAAGUUCAGCCACUGGUCGGGCGUCGGCGACGGCCCCACGUCCGCCUGUCGCCCGGACAGACGGACCACUCCCCCGACGGACGCCCAGCAGCAGGGGGGCGUGGCCGCCGGCCGCCGGGAGGAGUGGGAGGAGCCGGCGGAGGCGGGGCCGAGGGGGGGGGCGGCGAGGGAGGUGGAGAGGCUGCGGCGGGAGAGGGAGCGCGUCAUGGCCUGGGUGCGGGCGGAGGCCGGUCCCCCCCAGCUGACGGUGGAGCUGGCGGAGGCCAGGCUGCACCACGGCCUCGGGGAGACGGACGCCCUGCUGAGGCUGCUGUCGCCCGCGGCCUGGGAGGAGCCGGAGCCAGCGGGGGCCACGCCCACCGGACAGCAGCGCUACCACAGACACCGACGCAGCGUGGACGGGCUGAGGCAGGAGAGAGAGGCCAGGCUCCAGGAGAGAGAGGCCAGGCUCCAGAGCUACCGGAGGGCCCACAGCCUGAGUCCCAGCAGGGAUGGCUCCCAGGGGGGCGGGGCCUGCUCCCAGGGGGGCGGGCCUAUCGCUCAUCAAGCACAGCCACUCUGCCCGGAGGUGUCAGACAGCACCAGAGCCCCGGUGCCUCCGCCCGGUGAGGGCCGCUACUCCUCGGAGAUCCAGCACCUCCUCCGGGACUACGGCCGGGCCCGGGAGGAGGCGCGCGGCGAGCUCUCGCGGGCCCGGCUGCGGCUUCGCCAGCGCACGGAGCUGGAGAGGAGGCGGCCCCGGCUCCAGGGCGCGGCCGCCGGCCCCGAGGUGCGUCUGACGGCCGCCGGCACCGAGGACGAGGCCCGGUUGUGUCCCGGGACCAGCAGCAGUACCCUGUGCACCGGCUCCAGCCUCAGCCUGUCCUCGGGGCACACCUCAGGCUACGUCAGCGGACACACGACCCUGCUGCAGGACCCCAACAGACUGCACCCCCCCCCACAGGAGCCAGGGGUCCUUGACGAGGGGUCGAAGGUCAGGGGUCAUCCUCCUCUGUGUGUCUCUCAGGGUUCACGGAGCCAACGAUGCUGGCUGUCUACUCAGGAAUCUCCGGGGUCCGGGUUCAAACCCCUCCUCACCUCCUCGCCCUCCACCGCCGGCCAAUCCCGCCAGCGAUCCAGCUCCUUUGGCUCCGCCUCCUCCAUCUCGGCAGCCUAUGAGGACGUGGCGUCCGGUCUGCUGAGCCACGCCCUCCUGGAGAUCCGAUUGGCUGCUGCAGCGGACACGGCCAAUCUGCUUGUGGGGAAGGCGUCGGCUGGCUGGAGACACCAGGGGGAAGAGCGAGGGGUCCAGGCCUACUACCGGCCCUCCUCCAGCCCUACGGUCCACGGGUUCCUGGGGGCGGGAGAGCUGAACGGGCCCCUAGCCGACCUCUGGGACCUGCUCCGGCAGCCCGCCCACAUCCACCUCUAUAACCCCGCGGUGCGCUCCGCCUGGACGCGGCCACUAGAUGGCAGCACACAGCUGGUUUAUCUGCUCACAAAUGCGUCGGUCUGCCAUCUCAGCCAGCCCAGAGACUUCUGCUGCAUCAGCGCCACGUCCAAACAGGGGGGUGUUCAGGUGCUGGCUCUGCAGUCGGUGUUGGAGGAGUCCCUCCCCCGGCCGCGCACGGACGCCGUGCGCGGCGAGAUGAUGCCCAGCGCCUGGCUCCUUGAGCCAAUCACACGCGGCGGGCGUGAGGUCGUCAGGGUGGUGUACCUGCUCCAGGUGGACCUGGGGUCUCCGUCCCUCCCUCCCAGACUGCUAGGCUCCGUGGCCCACAGACACGCGGCCGUCAUCGCUGAGCUGGGCUCCCUCCUCUGGGCCGACCCAACGGACCAAUGAGGGCGCGAGUGGCACUGAGCCCUCCUCCGGGCCGACCCAACGGACCAAUGAGAGUGCGAGUGGCACUGAGCCCUCCUCCGGGCCGACCCAACGGACCAAUGAGGGCGCGAGUGGCACUGAGCCCUCCUCUGGGCCGACCCAACGGACCAAUGAGAGUGCGAGUGGCACUGAGCCCUACUCCGGGCCGACCCAACAGACCAAUGAGAGCGCGAGUGGCACUCAGCCCUACUCCGGGCCGACCCAACGGACCAAUAAGAGCGCGAGUGGCAGUGAGCCCUCCUCCGGGCUAACCCGCCGUCCAAUGAGAGCGUGAGUUGCAGUGAGCCCUCCUCCGGGCUAACCCAACGUCCAAUGAGAGCGCGAGUUGCAGUGAGCCCUUCUCCGGGCUAACCCGCCGUCCAAUGAGAGCGCGAGUUGCAGUGAGCCCUCCUCCGGGCUAACCCGCCGUCCAAUGAGAGCGCGAGUUGCAGUGACAUUUGACGCCAGACCUGUCCUUCGCUUAUUUUUCCAAUUUGCACCAAGACCUUAUUGCCUUGACCUUAUUUUCAUGAUUAGUAUUAUUGAGCAUUACUUUUAUCCAGAGCACUGAUCUAUUGUUUUAUACUGAUACCCAUGCAGCUUCCUUUUGUACAAUGGUAUUCUUUCGACACAAUCUUCACUCAUGAUGUUUUUUUUGGUUGCGCUUGCGACAAUGUAUUAUUUUGAACGCUUGUUACAAUCAAUGACACAAUCACGCCAAAGACUGUCGUGGUUUUCGACCCACUGUAUGACGACUUAGGUUAAGGUUUCCAGCGGGUUUAGCCACUCCGCGUAGCUAAUGUUGCGCUAACUAUUAGACUACUCUAGGGAAAGACCGUCUAGACGGCAUGUUAAACGUAUAAAUGCCUCACCUAUCACCAACAAAGCCUGGAGAGAAGCAGGUGGGAUUGCGUAGCUCAACGGCUAGCGUUUGCUAGCAAAUUCUCCCUUUCUGUCUUGUGUCUCGCAAAAGAAAUGCAGAACAGCAUGAAAAGCUAUUGACGUGAAGACUGAUGCUCUUAAUGAGUAGCUUUAAUAUAAACAUGUUUCAGCUAAACAUGGUUAUCUGUAGUUUGAGGAGGGAGUAUAACACAGGCGUCAGGAUCUAGCGCAGCCCUAUGCACCGAGGAUAUUGUCUUUUUUUAAAGAAGCAAGAAAAAUAUUUUUAUAUCACAGUAGUAGCCUACCCCCAAAUCUUUGUCUGAGGAGUUAAAGGGAUUAUUUUAUUUGGAUUUUUGGAAGUUUAUAUUUAUUGAUUUUUUUAUUAUUGUGUAUUGUUUUGUUGUGUUGAGUUAUCAAAAUUUUACUCAUUUCAUUGAUACCACCAAAAAAUAGAUGCCUUUCUAAGCUAUCGGGACGUUGGUCAACAGUUGAAGCUAUGCAGACGCAGUCAGAGCUAGCCCGACGGCUAGCUGGCUGCUAGCCCGACGGCUAGCUGGCUGCUAGCUCGACGGCUAGCUGGCGGAUCCGAACCACGUCUGCAUAGUUUCAACCUCAACGGCCUGAGCUAACAGUAUCCAUUCGGCCAGGCUGAGAGCACCCAGACACUAAAUCAACAACACACAGUCUGGCUGACGUCAGGCCCUUGUUUGGGGCGGCCGUGAGACGCGUUUCUCUGGGAAUCCACGAAGAAGAAAGAAUAUUUUUUUAAGUUCGGAUCCCCACGGGAAAGAAUGAAGGAACCCACUUUUUAUAUUAAAGUGUAAUUUUAUUAUUUGUCUUUAUUUUUUAUAUGCUUAUAUCAGUCAAAAAACCUUGUUAUUUAUGAUUGAGAUUUUGUUGAUCCUAAUCCAUUUUUCUAUCCGUUUUUUUUACUGUCAACCCUCCAUGUUGUUAUUGCUAUGCAAUUUUAGCAUGUGCUAUUUUUAUAAAUAAAAUUGACAUGAUUGAAAGUGA